AUGACAGCUACCGCUACUUUGUCUACGGCACCACAAGUUGACGGAACUGAAACCAAGGAGCCCGUCGACGCUUAUACAGUGGGCUGGGAAUUUGUCCAGCAAUACUAUACAUUCCUCAACAAGGAUCCAGCAAAACUACACCGCUUUUAUAACAAGAAGAGUACAUUCACUUUUGGAAGUGAGUGUGAAGUCGUAAAGACAAAACAUGGACAACAGGAAAUUCACCAACGAAUAUUGGAAUUGGGCUUCCACGAUUGUCAGGUCAAGAUUUCAAAUAUAGACAGUCAAUUGUCAAAUGCAGGUGUAUUGGUACAUGUAUUAGGUGAAAUGUCAAACAGGGGUGAAGCUUCACACAAGUUUGCACAAACGUUCUUUUUGGCUGAACAAACACACGGAUACUAUGUAUUGAACGACAUCUUCCGCUUCCUGAAGGAAGAGGUUGAAAUGGAAUAUGAUGAAGGAAACCCAACUUAUGCAGAUGGCGAUGAUGCUCAUCAUCAAACACAUGAACAAGCAACAAACCAAUAUGGUAUGACUAGCCCUCUUCCUCGUGCAGGUGGACUAUCUCCUGCACCUCCUCCGAUGAUGGCUCGCGCUCCAUCACCCACUCGUACUGCUCAACCAGCUCCACAAGCCAACCAUGGCAAUACUCAUGGGAAUGCAAUGUCUCAUGCUGCCGAUCAUCAUGCCGCUGAAGAGGUAUACCAAGUAGAACCAGAAAACUGGGAACCAACAGCCGCCAUUAAGGAAGUAAAACAGUCUCCAGCUCAACCAAUCGCCAUAGUUCGUGAAGCUCCAGCUGUAUCGCACCCUAUCGCACCGGUAGCAACAGCACCGGUAGUAGCAACGUCUUCUGUCCCAUCUCCAUCUGCCGUCUCAGCCCCAGCAGUAGUACCCCCAGUAGCGAUAGUAUCACCAGUAGUUCCAUCACCCGUUGCCUCUCCCCAGCAAAAACCUCAUGUACCUCAUACAACCGCAUCCCAUGUAUCAACCAUCGCAACUUCUCAUAUAUCUGUACAAACGUCCCCUGAACAACCCCAACGAGGAGCAGCACCAGUAUCACAACAACCUACUCCAAUUCAAUUAACUCAACCAUCCUCAACACAAGCAGCUCCCCCAGCUCAACAACCUACACCCCCACCAAAUGUAGCAAAAGCACCUGUUAAAAAUGAGCCUGCCAAACCAAAGACAUGGGCUACUCUGGCUGCAACUCCCGCUGCUCUUCCUGCAGUCACGUCUCCAACUAGGGCUCAAGGUGCUCCCAGUGGCAGUGUGAAUGGUACUAGGCCAGGGUCGCCCGUAGCUCAAGCACCACCACCACCACCACAACAGCAGCAACAACAACAGCAGCAGCAAAAGCAACCUGCUCGUCCUCAGUCACGAGAAUCCGCAACAGAUCAACGAAGGAGUGUUAGUAGUGGAACUGAAAAUGGCAAGAAAUUCCCUGUCGCCACAGUUGAAAAUGAAAAGAACUCGAUUUAUGUCAAGAAUGUUAUCCCGACUAUUACAAAAGAUAUCAUUAGGGACACUUUCUCAAAAGUUGGAGUCAUUAAACAUAUGGACGUUGUUCCCACAAAGGGUAUCGCCUUUGUGGAAUUCGCAACUCCUGAAUCAGUCAAAAAGGCCGUCGAACAGAAUUUAUUCUCUACACGUGGUACUGAUGGCCAAAUGGUUAAUAUGAUUGCGGAACGGCGAAGACCAUAUCCUAUUUACCCUCAGCAGAAUCAAGCCCGUAGUACAAAUGGAAAUGACGGAUCACACCAACAACAACAAUCAGGAUCUAGUUCUCGUCAACUCCAACAACCUCAGCAACAACAACAACAACAACCCCAAAAAGCGGUCAGUGGUAGUGUUGGUGGCCAAAAUCAAGGUCAAGGCCAACAAAAUAAAGCACCCAAGAGUAAGAAGAGUGGUAAUGCAUAG